UGUCCCUUGGACACAGCGGAUCACCGAUCAACGGAAAGAGCCGAAGAUGUCGGCUCGGUCAUGUGAUCAGCUGUUUCCAAUCACAGCUGAUCACAUGGCACUGAUGAUCAGUCAGUGCCUCCUGUCAGUGUCCAUCAGUGCCAGCUGUCAGUGCUCAUCCAUGCCACCUGCCAGUGCUCAUCAGUACCACAUCAAUGCCACAUAUCAGUGCCUACCAGUGCACAUCAAUGCCACAUAUCAGUGCCCAUCUGAGCUGCCUUUCAGUGCCACCUAUCAGUGCCAGUCAGUGCCACCUAUCAGUGCUGCCAGUCAGUGCCACCAACCCACGUCACGUCAAAACGUUCCAAGAGACACGUAGUAGCACAACCCAUUUAAAUCAACAAGCUGCCCUGUGCGUGUCACAGGUAAAACAAGCCAAAAACCACUCCCACUAUGCUAGGUGUGAAUGGAGCCUGAAAGUG